AUCCAAGGCGAAGUGGGGGUGGAGAAAGAUGCGAAGCCGACGCCACGAUUGGGUAGCAAGGGUUUCGGUGGGUGGGGGGAAAGGGGCGACCGUGCUGUGAUUGGCGAGUCCGAACGAGGGGUGUGGCUUAGUUACCCGCGCGCACCCAGCGCUGCCCUGUGUCGCCGCCGCCGCCGCCUGGUUUGGGCCUGCGCUCCAUCGAGUUGGCCACCAUGGCGGUCCCGGAGUCCCGACCCAACCACACGAUCUACAUUAACAACCUCAACGAGAAAAUCAAGAAGGAUGAACUGAAGAAGUCCCUCUACGCCAUUUUCUCCCAGUUUGGCCAGAUCCUUGACAUCUUGGUGUCCCGGAGCCUGAAGAUGCGGGGUCAGGCCUUUGUCAUCUUCAAGGAGAUCAGCAGCGCCACCAACGCCUUGCGAUCCAUGCAGGGCUUCCCGUUCUAUGACAAGCCCAUGAGGAUCCAGUAUGCCAAGUCUGAUUCUGACAUCAUUGCCAAGAUGAAGGGCACCUUUGUGGAGCGGGACCGCAAGCGGGAGAAGCGGAAGCCCAAGGGCCAGGAGGUGCCUGCGGUCAAGAAGCAGGUCCCGGGGGCUGCUGCGCCAGUGGCACCUGCUGUCCAGGGGGCCGUGCCUGGAAUGCCCCCCAUGAACCAAGCCCCACGCAUGAUGCACCACAUGCCAGGCCAGCCCCCCUACAUGCCUCCUCCAGGGAUGAUCCCGCCACCGGGCAUGGCUCCUGGGGCCAUUCCCCCCGGGGCGAUGCCCCCCCAGCAGAUGCUGCCUGGGCAGAUGGCUCCAGCACAACCCCUGUCGGAGAACCCGCCCAAUCACAUCUUGUUCCUCACCAACCUGCCUGAGGAGACCAACGAGCUGAUGCUCUCCAUGCUUUUCAACCAGUUCCCAGGCUUCAAGGAGGUGCGGCUGGUGCCCGGCCGCCACGACAUUGCCUUUGUGGAGUUUGAUAACGAGGUGCAGGCCGGAGCUGCCCGCGAUGCCCUGCAGGGCUUCAAAAUCACUCAGAACAACGCCAUGAAGAUCUCCUUCGCCAAGAAGUGACGCCUCCCUGGGCUCUUCUCUCCCCAGACCGCUUCCCGCCUACAACUAGUGGGUGCCUGCAAAAUGUGGUUUGGGGUGUGUGUGUGUGUGUGUGUGUGUGUAGAGUUCUGUGAGGUAAGAGAGGGGUGUGUGUGUGUGUGUGUGUGUGUGUGUGUCCCCGUCCCCCUGCUUUCCCACACCGUGGCUGGGGGUGGCCCUGCCUGGAUGAAGCGCUUGCGUGUGGUGCACAUGCGUGUCCUGGUGGGAGGGUGUAGCCGACUCCUUGCAAAAGCAUUGUACCCAGGGUCUGGCGGCCAGACAUUGCACCUGGAGCUUUUCUUUUUCUUUCUUUCUUUUUCCUUUUAAUAAAAGCAUUGGUUUAUUUUUCA